UUGUCCGCCAUAUUGCCAAGCUCCUCCAUCUCACCCAACGAUUCCAGAGCAUGCAUGCGGCCUCCGAGCCGGUGUAGCUCGGGAACAUUUUGAUAUUAAUACUGUGUUGUGACCCUGAAAACCGGCAUCAUGGAGGCUGUUAAAGCAUUUAACGGCGAGCUGUAUUCGCUCAAUGAAUACAAGCCUCCGAUCUCCAAAGCCAAGAUGACCCAGAUCACAAAGUCAGCAAUUAAAGCUAUAAAGUUCUACAAACAUGUGGUCCAGAGCGUUGAGAAGUUCGUUCAGAAGUGCAAACCAGAGUACAAGGUCCCAGGGUUGUACGUCAUUGACUCAAUUGUACGACAGUCACGGCACCAGUUCGGUCAGGAAAAAGAUGUGUUUGCGCCACGGUUCAGCAAAAACAUCAUUGGAACCUUUCAGAACCUCUACCGAUGUCCAUCUGAUGACAAAAGUAAGAUUGUCAGGGUCCUAAACUUGUGGCAGAAGAACCAAGUCUUCAAAAGUGACAUCAUCCAGCCUCUGCUGGAUAUGGCGGCUGGUCUGCCACCCCCAAGCGUCACACCAGUCACUUCCAGUUCUGCUGCGCCGGUCAACAGCACUACUCCUGGUACUCCUGCCACUCCAGCGACCCCUGCUAACAUAGUGCAGAGUCUACCAGACUGGGCCGCACAGAUAUCCAACACGGAUACGGUGGCUGCAGUGGCUCAAAUUCUACAGAGCCCCCAGGGCCAACAGCUCCAGCAGCUUGUGCAGAGUCUGCAGAUGCAGCAGCAGAAGCCGCAGCCGUCCCUGUUGCAGGCGCUGGACGCAGGCCUGGUGGUACAGCUACAGGCCCUCACUGCCCAGCUCACGGCCGCCGCCGCCGCCAACACACUCAACCCACUGGAGCAGCGGGUCUCCUCCUUCAACAAGAAACUGUUGGGGCAGUUUGACUUUGGGAAUGAAGCUGAGCGGCAAGAGGAGACGAAAAAGGAAACGGCGCAGCCUCAAUUGCCCAUGGUGUCUGAGUCCAUCAACAGCUCCAUCUUCCAUCAGUUGGCUGAGCAGCUGCAGCAGCAGAAUCUGGAGCAGUUCCAGAAGCAACUGCUGGAACACCAGCAGCAUCAGCAGAAGACUAUGUCGAUGGAGAGUCAAGAAUCCCUGUAUGGCCCAGAUAACACAUCCACGCCCACACAGGGCGGCAGCCAACUCCAGCUACCGGAGACAGACUCCAAGAUGGAUGACUCCAUAGACAACCAGCAGCAGGACAUGGACAUAGAUGAGGGGCAAGACACUAUGGACGAGGAGAUGUUUGAGACUGAUGAGAAAAAGACCAGUGGCACACGCUCCAGGUCUCGCUCCAGGUCUCGCUCCAGAUCUCCCCGCAAAAGACGGUCAAGGUCACGCUCUGGGUCGCGGAAGCGAAAACACCGCAAGCGCUCCCGCUCCCGGUCACGAGACCGCAAGAGGAAGUCCUCACGCUCCUAUUCCAGUGAACGCCGCGCACGAGAGCGAGAAAAAGAGCGACAGAAGAAGGGGCUCCCUCCCAUACGCUCCAAAUUCCUCAGUGUUUGCAGCACUACUCUCUGGGUGGGCCAAGUGGACAAGAAGGCCACACAGCAGGACCUCACCAACCUGUUCGAGGAGUUUGGUCAAAUUGAAUCAAUCAAUAUGAUUCCCCCCAGGGGCUGUGCCUACAUCUGCAUGGUGCACAGACAGGAUGCCUACCGUGCACGACAGAAGCUCAGCACCGGCUCCUUCAAGAUUGGUUCCAAGGUCAUCAAGAUUGCAUGGGCGCUCAAUAAGGGUGUGAAGCAGGAAUAUAAACAGUUCUGGGAUGUGGACCUUGGCGUUACCUACAUCCCUUGGGAAAAAGUCAAGCUGGAUGACCUGGAAGGCUUUGCUGAAGGAGGAAUGAUUGAUCAAGAAACAGUUAAUAGUGACUGGGAGGCUCAGAAGAAUGCCGAGGCAGCCAAGGAGACACAGAGCCAGGCUGCCGCAGCUGAGGCCAGCGUUGUCACUAACGCCCAGAGCGAGGCCUACGCCCAACCCGUCACCAUGAUGCCUGUACAGAUCCCCGUGGCACAGUCUGCUGUCCCUGCGGUAGGCCUGGUGCCGCCUUCGUUUCCGGUUACCAUGGCGAUGCCCCCGCCUGGCUUUGGUCCUCCUCCGCCUUUCAUGAGAGCAGGCUUCAACGCCUCUCAGCCUCCACCAGGAUUCAUGCCUCCAGGAGUUGCUCAGACCACUGUGGGGACUGGUCUCCAAUCAGCCGCAGCAUCACUAGUGCAGCCUUCCAUGUCUGGCACACAGGAGAGCAGUAAGGACUCUCUGUACGGAGCUAUGCUCCCCCAGGCUGGCUUCUUGCCUCAGGGCAUCCCUGGAGUCUACAACCCUUUGGGAGUCCAGCAACAGCAACAGCAGCAGCAGCAGCAGCAGCAACAACAACAACAACAACAACAACAACAACAACAACAACAACAGCUGCAGCAGCAGCAGCAGCAACAGCAACAACAACAUCAACAGCAGCAGCAGGGAGGCAUGGAAAAAGCACAGCAGCCUUCAGAGGGCAUGGACGCCGCAAGUGCAGAGCUCACACUGCAAGGGAUGCAUAACGCGGUGCGCAGCGGCAUGGGUCUGCUUGGCAUGCACCCCUCGACAGCUCUUGGCCAUCAGCUCGCAGGCCAGAGGAUGCCUGGCCUUCUGCCCUUGGAGCUCCGGCCCAAUCUCCUUCAGGGUGCCAAUGCCCGCUUUCCACUGCUCAUGCAACAAGGCCUUUCCCACCAGGCCAGCCUGCUGGACGCCUCCCUCCAGGCGCAAGUCCAGGCACAGGCCCAAGCCCAAGCUCGUCUACGGGCCCCCUUCCAGCAGAUGGAGGCCUUCAGCAGGGCCUCUAACACCCCAGCUGCUAGCACAGACAAGCCUGAGGAGGAGGCCCCAAGCAGGGCAGAGGGCAACGCUCAGCAGGACGGAGACCAGGACUACCGCUUCCCCCCGCCAGAGAAGAAACAGAGCACCGGCCUGCUAAGGACCCCCCCACCCGAGAUGCGGGAGCCGGCCACCACCAGACCCCCACUCCUGGAGAGACCUCCACGACCCUCGCUUCUAGGGGACGGUCGCAAAGAAGCCCUGGCCGGAGGCUUCCGAGGCGAAAGCCGUUGGGGGCCACCCAGAGGAGACUUUGACGAGCGGGACAUACGGGGGUCCACGACGGGGACCCCCAAGGGUUUCCAGGAAGAACGGCCGAUGGCCAACUUCCCUAACCGCUUCGAGAUGCGUAGUGGAGGAGCAACGGCAGCAGCAGGAGCCUCAGCGUCUGCUGCUGCAGGAGGAGGAGGAGGAGGAGGAGGAGGAGGAGGUGGUGCUAGUGGGGCAGGAUCUGCAGCAGGAGGUCCUGCCUGGAAUAGAGGAGGUCCUGCCUUCAACGCAGAUGUCCACAAAGACUUUGAUGACAGGCGGCGACCGUGGGAAAGGCAGAGGGACCGUGACGAGCGAGAGCGAGACUUUGACUUCCGAAGGGAGAUGAACGGCAACCGGCACAGCAGAGAGAGGGAUCGGGAGCGCGAACGGGAGAGGGACAGGGACCGCGAGAGAGACCGAGACCGGGACCGCGGCCGAGAUCGCAACCGCGAUCGAGACCGAGAACGAGGAGACCGAGAGUGGGAGCGGGACCGGGAUCGAGAUCGUGACCGCGAGGCUGAGCGAGAGAAGAGGGAUGAGGAGCGGAAGCGAGAACGCGGUGGUGGAGGUGGGUGGACCCCUCUUGCCCCUCUUAUCCAACCUCAAGCCCCAAACCAGCCCUUGCUACCCCUCCCACAGCCCCAGCUCGGGUCUGCGCCUCGACCUCUGCUCCCCGAUCCCAGGCCUCCUCUUCUCCCUGAUCCCCGCCCUCCCAUUCUGCCUGAGCCUCGGCCACCUUUGCUGCCUGUCCCAACAGUUCAAAUGCAGCCAGACCACAAGCCAGAGCUCAAAGUAGAGCUCAAACCAGACCCCAAGCCAGAGCUUAACCUCGAGCCCAAACUGGAACCCACGUUGGAACCUAAACCAGAGCUGAGCCCCGAGCCUAGCCCCCAGCCUAGCCCCGAACCUAGCCCAGAACCUAGCCCCGAACCUAGCCCAGAACCUAGCCCAGAACCCAAAUCGGAGCCUGAACCAGAGCCCUUACCUGAAUCCCCACCAGUAACCAGCAAUGCUGAGGAGGAGACAGCAGAGCCACAGACCCCAGAGUCUUCUACUCCAUGUAUGAAUGGUGAAGAGACUGACAUGGGGCCCACCGAAGAUUUUGCCCCAGACCUCGCAACCCCACCAGCUUGCAGCUUUACGCCCAGUCCUACUCAGUCACCAUCCCCCUCCCCGAUCCCGGACGAGCCCCCUGAACAAGGGAAUGUCCCGGCUAAACUCAGCCCCCCUGUGGUGGACACUGACAGUGAACAAAGUGGGUCGAUGGAGGAUGCUGAGACAGAGCCAGUGCUAGAGAAAACAGACACUGAGGGGACAUAAUCAUCACUCAGUAGGUAAUGAUCAUUUUGUAAAGUUGUCAUCUCUGUACUCGUUUUAAGUGGCCCUACACAGAAUCGCCACAAAGUUAACACACGCUGUCUUGACACCUAACAAAUGAUUUUAUUCACUAUGAUGGCGAACGUCCUAGAUGGCUCACGAUAGAGGAAUAAAGGGUAGGUAAUGUUUUUUUUUUUGUUGUUGUUUUGUUCUGUUUUAUAUUUUAUUUGGUUUUAAAUGCAAUUCCACUACUUUUUAAGCUAGGUUUCUUUUGUUGAAAUUGCUUGCCAAAAUGUUUUAGCAUAAUGUAAAUUGGGUGGGGCGAGAGCUUUGACCUUCCUAUGGAAGAGAGUACGAAACCUGGCUUUUCCCAAUCGAUGGCUGAAUACUUGAAAACAGUGGUUGCUGGCCUAUUUCUCUCCUCUGUUUUAAAAAGAAAAAACAUACUGCUGCAAAGUUUGAUGAAUGCCUCUGUGGUGUCCUUGCUUCUUGUCUCUUAAGCAGAAUAUAUAUGAAUAUAUAUCUACUCACACACAUACAUACAUGCAUACAUACACAGCAAAUCAGUGAGAACAGUACAAGUCUAGUUGCUUUGAAGAGGAACCUUAAGAAAAAAAAAAUGAAAUAUGAUGUUACCCCAUGUUAAAUGUCUGUGAUUUUAUUCAUCAUAUUGCAGUGAUUUCAAUAAUUAAGCCGAAAAAAAGUCGUAUAAAGGAAAAAUGGAUGUUGGGUACAUUUUGUUUUUAGUUGAAAAUAAACAUGCUCUGUUUGUUAAAAAAUG